GUGUGUUCGUUUUCAGUAGUGAAGUAAAUAUUGUAGUUCUCGGUAUGGCUGCUCCAGCAGCUUGUACUCGUUUCAGUGAUAAUUAUGAGCUCAAGGAGGAACUAGGAAAGGGUGCUUUCUCAGUGGUGCGAAGAUGUGUACAAAAAUCCACAGGCUUGGAGUUUGCAGCCAAGAUAAUCAACACCAAGAAAUUAUCAGCAAGAGACUUCCAGAAACUGGAGCGGGAGGCUCGCAUAUGUCGGAAACUUCAACACCCAAAUAUUGUUCGGCUACAUGACAGCAUACAAGAAGAAAACUUCCACUAUCUAGUGUUUGAUUUAGUGACGGGUGGGGAACUCUUUGAAGACAUCGUCGCACGAGAAUUCUACAGUGAAGCAGAUGCAUCUCAUUGUAUCCAACAGAUCCUGGAAAGUGUCAAUCAUUGUCAUCAAAAUGGAGUUGUUCAUAGAGAUCUAAAACCUGAAAACUUAUUAUUAGCGAGUAAACAAAAAGGUGCAGCCGUUAAGCUUGCUGACUUUGGUUUAGCGAUUGAAGUACAAGGAGAACAGCAAGCGUGGUUUGGCUUUGCUGGUACGCCUGGUUACCUCUCACCAGAGGUGUUAAAAAAAGAACCCUAUGGAAAGCCAGUUGACAUAUGGGCCUGUGGAGUGAUAUUAUACAUAUUGCUAGUUGGAUAUCCUCCUUUUUGGGAUGAGGAUCAGCAUCGACUAUAUGCACAAAUAAAGGCGGGUGCAUACGAUUAUCCCUCACCAGAAUGGGACACAGUAACACCAGAAGCAAAGAACCUGAUCAACCAAAUGUUGACAGUCAACCCUACGAAGAGAAUUACGGCCUCAGAGGCUUUGAAACAUCCAUGGAUCUGCCAAAGGGAACGUGUGGCUUCUGUUGUUCACAGACAAGAAACUGUGGACUGCUUGAAGAAGUUCAAUGCAAGGCGUAAACUGAAGGGUGCGAUCCUUACAACGAUGCUAGCAACCCGUAACUUUUCCAGUAAGUAUGAUGCCCAGGGCCGAAGUAUCAUUGCCAAGAAGAGUGAUGGAUCGCAGGUGAAGGAGUCUACAGAUAGCAGCACGACCUUGGAGGAUGAUGAUGUCAAAGAAGACAAACUAAACAAGGCAGGGGUAGACAGGAGCUCAACAGUUAUUGCUAAAGAGCCCGAAGGUUUUGCACCCAGCUCAACUCCUCCACAGUCACCUGCGCUAAUGGCCAAAGUGAUAACAGCAGUGGCCGGCCAAGCUGCAGGCACUUCCAGUGGCAAGUCCACACUUAGUCUUAGUGCUGUGCUCUUACAGGGGGCACAAGGUAUUGAAAGAAAGGCUAAAUCACUAACCGAAUUCAAAAGUUUGGAUAUGCCAUAUAAUCGUAGAAGUCAUUUAAGUCAGCAGAGUGAAUCGUAUCAAAGGGAGGAUUCGGACAUUGCAGGAUACCAGCUAUUGAGAUGUGAUUCUGGUGAUGCAGAUGAAAUAAGGAUUCUCUGCCCAAACAAGACUUGUUCGCAGUUAUCUACGAACUCCCAUGGCUCAGCUCGUAAACAGGAGAUCAUUAAGAUGACUGAACAGCUUAUAGAAGCAAUCAACACAGGAGAUUAUGAAGCAUACACGAAAAUCUGUGACCCUCACCUGACCGCAUUUGAGCCAGAGGCUCUAGGUAAUUUAGUCGAAGGAAUGGACUUUCACAAAUUUUACUUUGAUAAUGUGUUAGGCAAAAACUGCAAAGCAGUGAAUACGACCAUUCUCAACCCACAUGUACACUUGCUGGGAGAAGAUGCAGCCUGUAUUGCAUAUGUCAGACUCACGCAGUACAUGGACAAGCAGGGUCAAGCCCACACACAGCAGUCAGAGGAGACUAGAGUGUGGCACAAACGCGACAACAAGUGGCAAAAUGUUCAUUUUCACCGUUCUGGUGUUUCUGGUUCCUCUCCGUUUACAUUUGCCCACAAAUAGAAACAUUUGAGGCAUUGUCUUCUUUGGGACAAAACUACAAAUGAAAUAAAGUCAACAAUGAGAAGAACAACCAAAUAUUGAUCAAGCAGAUCUUGCUGCUUCUUUGAUACCCGUUUGCACCAACCUCUGUUAAAUUAUAACUGGUGGUUAGAAGGAUCAAGAUGGAGGUAUGCAAGGAAGUCAAGAUAAACAUGUGUCAUAUUAUAGAAGACAGCUGUAGGAGUAUGUUCUGACAGUAUCCUGCACAGAGGGAGGGGUGAACAUAUAUGUAAACACCAGCAAAUAAUAAUGUAUUUACUUACAAAAAUUGCAGGGUUAGAAUGUUCUGUUGGUUUAUGAUAUGGAUGUCUCUAUGCAUGAUUGUAUUUAUUUUAUAUGAUAAUGAAGAUAAGAAGUGGGCUCACAUAUUUGUCUUGUAUUGUGCUGAACUGUUACUGUGUUGUUAAACCAGGUAACGGUUGGAAAUUUCCAGCUACAUCAUACUUGAUAAAAAACUUUCUUUUUUUCUAAAAUUUUGAAUUUAUGAUAAUGUUGUCAGGGAUUAGAUUUUUGUAUACUUGAGGAAACAAUUGGCAUAGUUUUAGUAUGUGAUGGAAAAAUGGUACCCGUAAGGAAGAUGAUGGACGUACAACUUGAGGUAAUAUAUAUGGAAUACUGCACACUGUUGAGUAGGAAACAGUUAAUUUUUAACAGAGUUUGGUGCAAUACGUGCAAUAUAUAUAUUAAUAUGUAUUACAUAGUAAGAAGCUUUCAACAGCUUUAGUAUGGUAAGAAGAAUUUUUGCAAUUUGAUGUUGGCUCUCUUGUUAAGGCAAAAAUGAGAAACUAAAUCAUCUCAGUUUUGUCUAUGAUUACAAGUAUGGAGCUGUCAGUGAAUUAUUUCACAAAAUAACUUUAAAACAAGAAUUUGCAGGAACUUCCUUACCACCUGUUUGUAUUUCAAAAUGCUUUGACAAAUGGAAAAGGGAGGGGGGGACUUUUUGGCACGUGUUUUCUGGUCAUCUUGAACAUUUAUGAAAAUGUGUCUGUUUUCUUCUUCAAUAUGAGCAGUUGCCAAAACAGUAUUGAAAUGUAAGAACAAAAGUACAUCAGUGAGAUUAAAACUUUAUAACUGAAUACUACCAAAAUAUAGAACAAAUAAUUUACAUAUUUGAAAGCAUGUGAAAAAAACAAGCCUUUUUCUGUCUUGAAACUACAAUUUGUUAUGAAUGAAAUACACGUAUUUCUUUGGUGGUUCUCUUUAGGAAUCAUUCUUCAAAUUUUUCCUGUAUGGUUAUAUCAUUUGUCAAGGAAUCCUACUUCAUAUGUAAGUCUAUAUUCUUGUUAAAGGACAACCAAGCUUUUGAAUGUAAUUGCUGUUAAAAGAAAGAAAACCACCACUUUUUUAUCAUUACAAAUAGAAUAAUUAGUCAUUAUUACACAUAAAGUGUGUGCAAGUCUCCAAUUGCAUUUAGUGUUUAGAUGUUUUCCGAUACAAAAUAUGAUUGUAUGCCCCUUUCUCUGUCAUUGUUAUGGACUUCAGUUCUAUGAACUGAUACCUUAAUUGUUUGGCCUAACUGUCAACAUGAUAAUAUUAUUAUAUAUUCUAGGAUGAUUCCAUUAUAGUAAAAGAAAAACUUCUGAGAGAAAGGUAGGUGAUGAUAACAGAGAAGUAUCUGUGCUUCUAAGUUGAAAAAAGUAAUGUUUAAAAAUAACUAUUGACUAAUUAGAAUCUUCUGAUUGUAUUUAAAUGUUUGUCUAAAGUAUUGCAUAUAACAAUUUUAAAUCAAAAAUUCUUUUUUUACAUAUAAUAUUAAUUAGAGACAGGUUUCUUCUAACUGCUUCACUGUCAAGUUUCAUAAUGUGAGAGACCUAUUCUUUGCUAUGCUCCUGAAUACAGAUUAGUGAAUUAAUAUCUUCUUGUAAUAUAAGACUAUAAUAUCAAACCAUUUCUUGUGAAAUUUUUAUGCAAUUCAGGACUGAAAUUUCUGUGUUUUCACAGUGACAGAAAUUAUAUGCAAGGACUAUUUUCUUUCUGUUUCUUUUGCAUAUUAAAUUAUGAUGGGAUUUAGAAAACUGAGUAUGUAGUUUUGUAAAAUAGCAUAUGUGACAUUUUUGUUUGUUGCUUUCUGAAAGUAAAAGAAUUCAAAGCUUGUUGCAAUUUAAUUGAUGGUUGCACCUGAUGCACUUUGUUAUUAAUUCUGUUAGAUCUUUUAAUAUUGUAUUUUGAUCUGUGAUUGAAUUUAAAAAAAUAUUUAUCGUGAUUUUUAAUAACUUACAGCAUUAGGUUUAUGAAUGUGAUUCAGAUAUUCUCAGUAUGAGCAUGAAACAUAACCUAUUAACAAAACUGUUAGGCAGUCAUGUAAUGUUUUAAUUAAACAAAAUGGACACUUUGUUACAGUAUUGCUAGUUGCAGAGCAAACAAAAUGUAAAUUCUGUGGGCAGUAAAAGGUUGUAUUGCUUGAGUUCUAAUUUAGUUCUUAUAAAAGCAUCUUCUUUUUAUUGAAUUUUUUUACUUUCUUAUAAAAAUUUGUAUUUACUUGAUUUCUCAUUGACUUUUCAUAAGUGGAAAGUAUUCUGUCUUCUUCCACUUGGGUGUACUGAUCCUUCAAAGUCUUGAUAUCCAUUGCUGUUCAUAAUUACUUCUGCAUUGCUGUAAUUAUAUGCUGCUCCCAUAUUUAUAUGCAACACAUUGCACUCAGUUUAUUGUUAUGGGUAAUUAAUUAUACAUGCAUGUGUGAGCAUGCAUAUGUGCAUGUCAGAUCAGGAGUAGGAUGGAUGGUUGAACAGAUGACACUUUUAAUUGCUUUAUUUAAAUUAGCUAUUAUUACAUUAUAUUGUGAUGAUUUAUCUUUUAUGUCAAUAUUUAUAUUUUUAAAAGUUGUUAUAAUUUUAAUUGAUCAUUGAUGUAUGUUGCUACUUUCUUUUUAUAAUGUAGCAAACAAGUGAAGCCUCUUGAACACUCCUUCAUCUCUUAGCAUCAUAUUCUGCAUCACUUCUGUGUUGUGUCAGUGAUUGUUGUAAGUCAAAUUAGGUUAAAAAUUCAUAAAUACUUUUGUUUGGACAACUCUUUUUUAAUACGUGUCUUUGCCUUUUUAGGUUAGAGAUUACUUUUUAUUAUAAUGUAACUGUGGCAAUGAUAUAUUAAAGAAGGGUCGAUGUCUUUUGUUAAUAAUUCAGUCAGAAUUGUGAUGCAGCAUUAUUCUGUUAAUUGAUGCCAUGUACAUGCAGACCCAUACACUGAUAUGUAAAACCAUCCAGUCAAGAAUCUUGUAAAUAUCUCUUCUGCAUAGAUGACAGUAUUACUAAAGGAGAGCAGCUAUUACCAGAGAUAGUGCAGGUGCAUGUGGAACAUAGCCCCAAGCUGUGUUAAUCAGCUUGCACACAAAGGUCUUUUGUUAGCUAUUUAAGUAUUCUACAGUUGGUAUGAAGGUUAGAUUAGAAUUCUUAAAAAAAAGACUGUCAAUGAUUUUGAAACAGUAUGGCUGUGCCUUGUGUACUUGUGUCAUGCUGAGUGCCUCUCUGAUUGUGCAGCCAAUAAUGGAUUGAACAUCCAAUUUAUGAAAUUUAUCAACCUCUUAGAAGGAAUUUCUUUGUUCCACAAGCAUUGCAGUUUGGCAUCAUCUUAACUUCUUUUCAAAAGUAAAACUUACAAAUUAAAAAUGAAGCUCAUCUUACAGAAAACUGUAAUUAUUAAGUGAGAUCUAUUAAUAAAGAAAUAUUAAAUUUAUUGCUACUAUGCAGUGGUUUAUAAUCUCUUCAGUAUGGCCCAUAUUCUGAAAAGGAUUGCACACCCCUGAUGAAUGGGGUUGCUGUCAGGCUUUAGCUGUACUGUGCUAUUUAAGCUUUAUUUACAGAAUAUGUUGCAGUGUUUCAUUAUGUACUUAGUAUCAUUGUUUGAAAUAGUGGUUAGUUUUUAGUUUCUUUAAUUUCUAUCACUUUUACUCAUGCUACUUGGGCUUUUGACAGUAUUUCUGGUGCAAAGAAAAAUCUGUAAAUGUUAAUUCAUACUGCCAUACAAUUAUGGAAUUAUCCCUCUCAUACUGGUAAACAUUCAUCCUAAAAACAAUUUUUUAAGUCUUUAUUUUCCAUUAUAACAAUUUUAUCAACCUUUAAAUUCCUACAAAAUAUAUAUUUUUUGCUGUAAUACGUUUUAAUUGAUUCAAUCUUUUAUUUUAAAUAUUUUUUUCUGACUGCCAAAAGAGAAAAAAUAAGUUUAACUUUGUGGGGUUUCUGUCACUACAUCAUAUACAAUACUGUCUCUAAACAUUCUCUCAUUUAUUUAAUACAUUUAGAUAACUACAAUGUAAUGAUAUAUAAAAUAUGAGCAAUGAGAAAUGUGAGAAAUAGUUGGAAACAUGGUGAAAAUAAUGUGUAAGGUAAGUACAGAUGUGAUAUUGAUAUUUUAAAUAUGCUGAAAUUCUCCAUAUGCUAAAAGAUUUUACAGUUACAGGUUUAACCCACAGUGUCAAAUGUAAAGUGAGGAUAAUCACAUUUUCAUUUCUAUGUACUGCAUCCCAUUAUGUCAUGCCCAGAUGUGCCCUUUAUAACCCACCGUACUUCUGUCGUAGGCUUCCACGCAUUAUUUCUCGUCUUUCACCGUCCAAGGUGUGUGACGAGUUUGGUAGACUACCACAAUUAUCAUACGUCAGUCAUCUGUUUGCUUUACUUAAAGAAAGUUUUAGGAAUACUCUAUGGAACACAAUUGCCAGCUUAACAGGUUUCAGUUUUUUAAAUUUUGUAUUUUACUCUAACACACUGAAGUUUGAGGUUCUCAUGGCAGUGAACAUGCCAGUUAUGAUUUUCUGGGGUGUGUUUCCAUGUGAUCUUGUAGCUUUUACUGGUGUUUGCACUUCACGUUGAAGGUAGAGCUAGUAUGUUUCUCUGAAACAAUGAUAAUUGCCUGCAAGACCACGUGAAGAUUUCUGUCUUCUGGGUUGUUGCGCUGUGUAGUCUGGUCGAUGUUAAUAUAUAUUCAUCGCCUGAUGAUGGAGGCAGUGUGACCUCUGAAACGUUGGACCAGACUACGCAGCGCAACAACACAGAAGACAGAAAUCUUCAUACUCACCGCUGUGAAAACCUCAAAUCUUACAAGACCACAUGAGAUCACAACCCUGAAGACUACUGUGACAUGUUGUUUAUCACACUUCUGUGUUCUUCAGAAGUGGUAGCAGUGUACUCUGCUUUAAUUUUGUGUUGACAAGAAUUUAUCUCAUUUCUCAAUGCUCUGUUCAUCUGGCAUGUCAUGGUUAAUAAAUGUGUCAUGUUUUAAAAAGAAUAAUUGGUCUUUAUUUGAGAUUAAUAAGCUCUCUCUUAUUCUUGAAGUAUUUAUUAAUAAUUCUUGAAUUAUAUGAAGUAAGUGUAUUUCAUGUUUCCAUUACAGUAUUUGAAUAAGUUAACAUGAAAGUGCUAUACGUAUACAUAAAAUCCGCAUGAUUUCUCUUGUUAUGCAGCUUAAUUUGCAUAAAUUUAGCAUAAAAGUUAUUUUUAUUAUAUUGUAUUGUGGUCAUUUGGUACAGGCAUGAAGGAAUUUAUUGUGCCAGAUUUCUCGAUGGGCACACUGAUGCAGGAUAAAUUAUUAUUUGUCCAUCACAAUACCCGAAACAGUAUAAAAUUAUGUAUUGGAAAUAUUCUUUAUUGUGAAAUGUGUGUAUAGUGUUCUUAAUUGUUAUUUGUAUGGUCAAACUUUGUACAGUGUAAAACCUUCAGGAAUAAUAUUUGCUCACCCAAAUCAUGUUUUGUGCAUCCCUCCAUUAUAUAAUUCAUUAUAUUGUAUUAUAGGUAGGAAACUCUUGUCAAUCAAAUUCCAUUAUCAUUUAGAUUUGUUUAGUUGCUUUGCAUCAAUAAUAUUUUUUAUAUUUGUUUCAUGUGUUUAAAAGUACUGUGUGAAAUAUCCUUAUUUACACUUGUGAUAACUGCAAACAAACUCUUGUACUUGCAUAAAUUUGUUAUUAAAAUCCAAAUUUUAAUAAUCUGUUGUGAAAUAUUAUGACACUGUCCUAGUAUUUCACUUGUUAAAUGUGUAAUAUGUAAAACAUAAGGAAACAACUGUUUCGUUUUCACACAUUUACGAAACUCCUUAAUGAAGCUUACGUGUUUUUAGUCUUAACUUCAUUGUUUAUUUGGAAGCUCCAUUGUUACAUAAAUUUGCCAUGUUAUCUUUGCUUAUGUGAGACUCUGGUAGUUACAUAUGUCCUUGUCAUUAAAGAAUGGAACAAUUUGCUGGAGACCUCCCUGGUCUGUAGAUAUGAUGAGUGUCAUGUUGGUAUAUUUAAGUCAUAGUUGAUAUACAAGAAAGAAACAUCAUUAAUGUACUUUAUCCCUCGGAGUAUUCUACUUUUGUUGUCUUCUCUCAUUUUUUUUCCUGACAACAGUCUUUUGUGGAAAUAAAAAUCAUACAUAAAACUA